CACUAACAGGAGAAAGGCGAAAUGUGUCAAUACACCGGCCAUAUCCUCCCGCCUUCUUUCCACACACCCAUUCCCAGGGAGGGCCACACUUGGAUUUCCAUUUCCAAUUCCAAUUCCAACUCCAACGCUACCCAAAUGGCGUCAAUCUCCACAUGCUUCACCAUCACACCCACCACAUCCCGACUACUUACCUUCACUUCUUCACCUUUUCCCAAACCCCUCUUCUCCCCUUUCCAACAAAACCGAACAACCAAUAAACGGCGGGCUUGGGCUUUUGUACCUCGGGCCGCAGUCGAUUUGGGCCGAGCGAUCAGGCCUGGUGGCAUAGUCGAAAGUGAUAAGUUGCCUUCUGAUGUCAGGAAACGAACUAUGGAUGCUGUGGAUGCUUGUGGUGGUAGGGUGACCAUUGGUGACGUGGCUAGUAAGGCUGGUCUUAAGUUGAAUCAAGCUCAAAAGGCACUCCAAGCUCUUGCUGCUGAUACCAAUGGUUUCUUAGAGGUUUCUGAGGAAGGAGACGUUUUAUAUGUGUUUCCCAAAGAUUAUCGAUCAAAGCUCGGUGCCAAGUCAUUUAGGAUUAAAGCUGAACCUUUUAUUGAAAAAGCUAAGGGCGCCGGAGAAUACUUGAUAAGAGUUUCUUUUGGGACAGCACUUAUUGCAUCCAUUGUUAUUGUUUACACUGCAAUAAUUGCUCUUGUAACUAGCAGCAGAAGUGACGAGGACAAUCGUGGCAGACGUGGAAGUAGAUCAUAUGAUUCAGGAUUUACUUUCUUCUUUAAUCCGGCUGAUUUAUUCUGGUACUGGGAUCCAUAUUACUAUAGGAGGCGAAGGAUACAAACUGAUGAUGAUAAGACAAACUUUAUUGAAUCAGUCUUCUCCUUUGUGUUUGGAGAUGGUGAUCCCAAUCAAGGAAUUGAAGAAGAGAGAUGGAAGUUGAUUGGCCAAUACAUAUCAUCUAAUGGUGGUGUUGUUGCAGCUGAAGAGCUUGCUCCAUAUCUUGAUAUAGAUUCUACAGAGCGGAUUAAGGAUGAUGAAUCCUACAUGUUACCUGUGCUUUUACGGUUUGAUGGUCAGCCUGAAGUUGAUGAAGAGGGAAAUAUUCUAUAUAGGUUUCCAUCUCUUCAGAGGACAGCUUCUCAAAAGAGUAAGAGAAAAGAAUAUGUUGGGAGAAAAUGGGCAGAUUGGAUUGGAGGAGUUGAGAAGUUUUUCAAGGAGAGAAGUUGGCAAUUCAGUAAAACUUCCUCAUCAGAGAGAGCAAUGGUGAUUGGUCUGGGCGGCCUUAAUCUCUUUGGAGUUAUUGUUCUCGGAACCAUGUUGAAAAGCGAUAUGGCAAUUAGACCUGGUAGCUUCAUUAAAUUUGUAGCCGACAUAUUUCCUCUUCUUCAGAUUUAUGCUGGUUCCUUCUUUGCAAUUCCUUUGGUUCGAUGGUUUUUUAUUCGGAAAAGGAAUGCCGACAUUGAAAAGAGAAACAAAGCUAGGCAGCAGUGUGCACGAGUACUUGAAUUGCCUGACAUUUCAUUGACGCAGAAGCUUUACAAUGCUCGCGAUAUGGCCCAGAAGACGGUCAUAGGGCAGGAUCAAAUUGUGUAUAGUACUGACAAAGACUUUCUUGAGCAAGAUUUUGAAGCUAACGAAUGGGAUAAAAAAUUUCGGGAGCUAGAGAGAUCUGAUUGAAAAGCAUUAACUGUUAUAUGAAUAAUGUAUUUCGAUGGCAAUUGAAUUAUCACAGUAGAAUUUUGCUGCUUCAAAGGGGUCAUAUGCAUGAAAAUUUCAGGCUCAGAUUUUGUCAUCUUUGUAUUUAUAUUGUAGCAAAGCCUAGGUUGCGUUCACAACAUUUUCUUUUGUAUCAUAGUUCAUCUCUUUUAGAUUGUGGCCUAUACAAGAUUAAUAGUAAAGGUUUCAGUAGGGAAAACAAGAUUCAGUGUAUUACUUGGUAUUAUGGGAUUAGUACCAUUGUGAUGAACAAUUUCAUGGUGUUUAUAGAGAAGGGUGAUUAUAAAAGUACCCUUUCACUUUCUUUGCUUUUUGCAGGACCUACACAAUAAAUUGUAUUCAAAUAAAUGUAUAUCGUUGAAAUAUAGUGAUACAAUGAAGUUAUUAGUGAAA